CACGUACGUGUAUACUGUAUUGACGUUUUACUUGGUUGUUGACCAUGGUUCUCUUUGUCUCAGUAUAUAUUAUUCAAAAUAAAUAUUAGGGGAAGUGUUAUUAAACUUCCAAGUUUAUUUUAUUGUCUGUCCGAUUGGCUAAUUUGUAGUUCAGGAGUGUGACGAGGUCAGAGAAGAAAGCUAACAUUUAAUAGUACCUUAUGACUGUCGCGUGAGUAGAUUUUGGAUUUCGAUAAUUAAUCAUCUGGCCUAAUUGAAGAUGACGAAAUUCUGUUCCUCUUAUCUUUACAAGUGAGCUUUCUAAAGAUCCCGUCCGACGUUAAAAACGUUGUUAGUUAUAAUUGAUAACGUAAUUGUUGUGACUGUCGAAGGAACAAUGGAAGCUGUGAAAGUGCUGAGCCAACUGAAAGAGGUGAAGAAUUAUCUGAGGACUGUUUUUAAUCACUGUAUCAGUUCUGUCAAUCCCAAGACGCUGGUUUCAAACGAACUGCUGGUCCAGAACGGAGAGCUGAUAGUACGCGGUAUCAAUUACAAACUUAUGCGAAACUGCUACCUUGUCGGCUUUGGCAAGGGUGUGGUGGACAUGGCUGCAGCGGCUUGCGUAGCGUUGGAGGGACAUCUUCAAAAAGGGAUGCUGAGCAUACCGGAAGGCACCUCUCACUCGCUCAGGGGUAAUAUAGACGUGUUCGAAGGAGCGAAGAAUAACAUACCAGAUGAGAAGGCUGAAAAAGCUGCCAAGAACAUUGUAAAAUUGGUGACAUCUUUGAGUGAAAACGACAAUCUGAUUAUUAUGAUAACAGGCGGUGGGUCGGCAUUGCUGCCGUACCCAAUACCUCCAGUGACGCUCAAAGAGAAACUAGAACUAACUAAUUUGUUGCAAAAAAGAGGGGCGCCGAUUGUGGAAUUGAACGCAGUGAGAAGGAAAUUGUCACUUGUCAAGGGCGGUAAGUUGGCCAAGCUCGCUUAUCCAGCUCAAGUCAUAUCAUUGAUAUUAUCUGAUAUCGUUGGUGAUCCGCUUGACUCUAUUGCAAGUGGUCCCACAGUUAAAGAUAUUUCCUCAAAAUACACUUCGAUUGAGAUUCUAAAAAAAUAUGAGUUAUUUGAUAAAAUUCCAAAUUCAGUAAUUGAAGUAUUGACGAAAGAAGACCCAGAAGAUAAAGAAGACUAUUUCAUCAAUACGAGAAAUUACAUAAUCGGAAAUAAUAGUCUAGCUUUAACAGCAGCGAAAGAGAUGACAGUUAAGGAUGGAUACGUGACGCAGGUUCUUACUAACAGCUUGCAGGGUAAAGUGGAGACGGUUUCUCUUCUUUUAGCCAAAUUCUCCAGCCUUAUCUGUCAAGCUUUGACGAAAAUUGUCAACAAAGAUACUUUCUUAUGUGAAAUGGAGAAACUGGAUACAGGGCUGUUUAUCUCAAGUGAUACAGUUUCAGAGUUAGCAGAGAAACUGUACUCCGAGCCGACGAAUAAACUACUUCUUUUGUUUGGGGGUGAAACGUCAGUGGAAAUCAAAGGCAAUGGAAAAGGAGGGAGAAAUCAGGAGCUCGCGUUGAGAUUUUCGACUGCAGUCGAUGAGCUGGCCAAAACGAAUCAUGUCCUUCAACUUUUCAAUAUCGUUAUCCUCUGUGGUGGGACGGACGGUUUGGACGGCCCGACAGAUGCCGCAGGAGCGCUCGGUUACAUAGGUCAAACCCAAUGUGCAGAAGACCAGGGUUUGCAUUUUACCAACCAUAUAGCAAACAAUGAUAGUUAUACUUUUUUCAGCAAACUGAACAAUGGUGAAGACCAAAUUAAAAUUGGUCACACAGGUACAAAUGUAAUGGACAUUACAAUGAUAUCGAUACAAUCCAAAAUUUAGGUUUUUGAAAAAUUUAUAUAAAUAAUUUGUAAAAAAAAAAGAAAAUUAUAUAUUUUUAUAUGCAGUGGAUUUCUUUUUUGCUUGGCUGUUGGUUAUUACAGUACAUUUUAUUAAGCAAAGUUAAAUUAAUUGAAUAAAACAAUUUUGUCUCAAUUACUAUUGAACCGAUUAUUCUGGUUUUGCAAUAGAAAUAUUACCACAAAGCUUCUUACAAGUUGUUAAAUUCAAUUCUAUCGAUGGUGACCAAAUUCAGCCAGUGUAGGCAAUAUUUAUUGUUCAAGUCAGUUGUAGGCACAGUAGAAUUUUCCUGAAUAAAUAAAUAAAAAGUAUGACUAUGUUAGCUGUAGCUUAAAUUAUUUUAGCCUUGCCAUUUUAUAAAUAGGGCCAGAUUAGCCCAAUUAAUAACUGAUUAAAUAAAAAAAUUCUCUGUGA